UAACAUUAAGAUUAACCUGGUUUACACACUCAACAAAAACAUGUAAAACUUGUAAUUGAGACCUGGAAUACUGUUGUCUUCUUCUGAAGAACCUUAGUCAUGUAGAUUUGUGAUUCGACUCUAAACUGACCGGAAAAAUAAUCAGCUUACGACCACGCCAUGCUCGUGACACCAGCUUUCUUGUGUUUCAUAAUUAUGGUUCAGGCGGACAUUGACCCACCUGGAGACCCGACAGUCAGCUGCCUCAGGUAUGUUUCUGAAGGCGACUCGGUGACAUGCGAAUGUCAGGCCCGCUUCCACGAUGACAGGCCCCCAGACUUUUCUCUGACAUGGCCUGGACACUCGGACACCACCUCUCUGUCACUGACCAAUGUCAUGCGGCGAGAUAACGGAUCUGUGUUCACCUGCUUGAUGAUCUGGAACGAACAUCGCAGAACUGCCAGCUACACACUGCAAGUUGCUUAUGGACCAGACGACAGCCAUACCAUCAUCCGGGGUCCAAAGACGUUUAUCACAGACGGCACAAAGUCUCUCAUCCUGACCUGUAUGGCGACUGAGGUGAACCCUCCCCCAACGUAUAUCUGGGAUGCAGCCUUGUGCAAGGAAGACAGGAAAGCUGGCACCUGCACUUUAACACCCGAUCCUCAGUUUGAUGACAAUCAGCAAAUUACAUGCACCGCCAAAUGUGUAGAAGGUGCCAGCAGAACAGGUGUCGCGGUGUUUUUUCUUAAUCUUACAUAUCCACCAAAAGAGCCACCAGUGAUCACAGGUUAUAAACAAGGUGAUGUCAUCUCACACGACAGUCAGCUACGAUGCAGUGUUGCCGGAGGAAAACCGCAAGUGUCAAAGGUUAUCCUCACCUGCGAGAGUCUGGUAAUGAAGUACUCGAACAUUGUGAAUGGCACCGUGUCAGCCUCUUUCAUCGUCGAUAAGGCGAACAAAGUCAUGAACAACAGCAUUCUGUGCACGUGUCGGGCGGUGUGGGAACCUGAGGAAGAUCUGUACACACUGACAAGCCAGAUUCUUCUCCAGACAGAAGACGGUGACAAUGUUCGCAGUCGUGAAUAUGUCGGGUGGAUUGGAGGACUAAUCAUUGGUGCAGUUCUGGGCGUUUCUAUCUCCUUCUUUAUAUCUUACAUGAUAAGAAGAGUUCGUUUAAAAGCUAGAGCACAAAAUGAUUUUACACCGGACAACUCAGCGACAUCAAUAACAUCUACAGUUCCGCUGAUGGGAUGAAGUGUAUUCACAUGGUCACAUGUUCACUGCGCUUAAACUAUGACGAGCUAACAUUUGCUGGGUUCAAGAUGUGGGGAUCAUAGUUGUUGUACUUGUUGCUGACUACCAUAUCGUAUGGUUCAACCACUCCCUAUGCUCUUUUCCCGUGUUUAGAGGCUAAAAGCCCAGUUUACGAGCGAACUAAUAUGCCACAGGGAGAGUAUCCAGAAAACAAUUUCAAUCUGGAAGAUGAUAUUAAGAAAUAAAACACAAUGUAAGAAGAAAGUUUUCCAGAACCCAAGAAGGAAAAUAUCAUUAUAAAAAGAAUUCAGUUCCUUAAAAUGCAAUGAAUAUUGUUUAAUGACAAAGACAAUCGUUUUACACAAAAAAAUCCUCUCGUUUACAAGUUUACAACUACACUAAGCUUUAUAUCACCAAAAUACAGAAUGUCUAUAAUGAGAAAAGUUAAAAAAAAUUAACAAAGUAGUUUUGCUUUGAGAAAUCAACUUUAUUAAAACAAUAAAAGGAUUUUUUCUAAAUGUAUGAGAUUCUUUGCACCUCUGUCACACCUUUCGCACCUUUUUUUCAACUCUCUGGAUAAUGCACCUGAACUGUUUACUGGGACGAGUUUUAGACAAGACUAAAACAUCGACUGCAUUGUUACUUGUGGAACGACGAUAAAUAUGUCCGUUUGAAUUUGGAUCCUGUUAUUUUAGUGACGAUUGAGGGUGUUGUAUGAACCCCAUCGGAGGGUGUCGUAUAAUUUCCCUUCAUCUUUGCAGGAGUCAGGUUUCUAUAAAAGCAAAAGUUAAUCAUGCUUCGAUGAUUAUUUCAUCUUUCUCUUCCUUUAUAUAUUCAUACAUAUAGAUAUCUCAUUUAUGUUAAAAUAAUUAUCUUUAUUCUCAAGUUUCUUGUAUCGAUAUAAACAUGUAAAACACUGUAUUAUAUUUUAAGAAAAUCAUGAAAUGUUAAUAUAAAAUAAAAAAAAUGGAGCGCAUGACUCACAUUGAGUGAUGAAAAGCUGAUGGAGGCUUGAUUGAGGACAAGUUUAUCAAACCUCUCCUGUGUGUCCCGAGCAGGUGUUCUUGAGGAUGAACAGGUGUUUGUCGGAGCUGUUGACAUACAAUUUUCUCUGUUUAGAAGAUAAUUUUAACCCUUCUCCAAAAAAGAUAUGUUUUAGCUACAUUUGCUAGCAUGUACAGUUUAAUAUGUGAGAGGUCUUCUUCAUACUUUCAAACAUUUUGUAGCCAUAACAGACGAGUUAUUACUCACAGAGUGUAUACAUCUUUACCUAUGGCUGCUGUGAUGUUAUUUAGAUGAUUUCUCAUCGUCGAUUCUCCGUCGAUGUGAAUGUCGAUUUCUGUGUACGGACCAUCAUCGGAGUCUGUCAACAGCUGAGUUGUCUUCACUGGACUGAUUCCUAACCUCGGUGUAAAGAACCCUUCCGUUCUUUUUUCAGAGUCCAAACCCGUAGAACAGGAAUGAAAAAUCUUUUGGGAUUUUGAUAUUUUACAUGCAAUAUUUUCACAUGAAAGUGCUUUACUUUUUGAAACACUGAGCACAUGUGAAUUAUGUUCAACGAUAAUGCCAAUGCUACAUCCCUGGAUUGCCAGUUCAUCAACUUCUUCAUAAUCUGGAGACGAUGUUUGAUGAGUUUGCCCAUUGCCGUUACCCUGCGGGGUGGUUUCAGGGAUCUUUUUGGCCAGAUCUAAUCAUUGGUGCAGUUCUGGGCGUUUCUAUCUCCUUCUUUAUAUUUUACAUGAAAGGAAGAAUUCGUUUAAAAGCUAGAGGUAAAUGUAAACCCCGUGUUUGUGUGUUAUUCCCAUGUGCUGCUGUCUAUACCUAAAUAUCUUCAAAUAUCUUUUCACUAUUUGUUUCGGUCAUUACUCCCACCCCACUACCUCUGUUUCUAAGCCAGUUAGUCUAGAGACAUCGAGUUUACUUUUCUUUGGUUGUUGUCGCCCUUUUAUAGUUGGAAACAUUAUUUCAAGCAUGAAUAAAAUUUGUUUAUUUUUGUAUUGUUUUCUACAGCACAAAAUGAUUUAACACCGGACAACUCAGCUACAUCAAUAACAUCUGCAGUUCCGCUGAUAGGAUGAGGUGUGUUCACAUGUUCACAUGUUCACUGCGCUUAAACUAUGACGAGCUAACAUUAGCUAGGUUCAAGAUAUGGUGAUCAUAGUUGUUGUACUAGUUGCUGACUACUUAUUUAUAUCGUAUGGUUCAACCAUUCCCUGUGCUCUUUUCCCGUGUUUAGAGGCUAAAAUCCCAGUUUACGAGCGAGCUAAUUCGCCACAGGGAGAGUAUUAAGAAAAAUAUUUCAAUCUGGAAGAUUAUAUUAAGAAAUAAAAUACAAUCUUCUCAGAAACUUUACUGUCGACUACGUGUACACUGACAGGUAUAUCAUGUACAGGAGGCGUUAAGAGCAACAGGAAGAUCAGGCGUUUGAGAUAUAUUGACAAAAGUCUCAACAUUAGCAUAAUGUAUCAUGUCUACUAAUAUAUCCUAAAAUCGUGCCAAAGACUGGAAGCAGGUAUGCAAGUGUAAAAUUAAAAAAAGGUAAUGUGAAAAUAUCUUGAAAAUGCACUAUAUCCUACUGCCUCAAAAUUGUAACCGUAUUCACAAGCCCUGCUUUAAAAAUUUCAGCAUAUUGUCAACAUAGAAAAUAGCCUGGUAGCAAUUUUUUAUGCAGAGAACUUUAUAGAAGGAACAAACAUCAGGUCCUUCCGGUACUUUCCGGCGGAUUCCAAGCACAGUAUAGGUCCCAACUUUCGAAUACAAACAUGCAUUUGAAGAUGCUAUAUAUUGCUUCAAAUCUUGACAGGGAUAAGUAUAAGAAAGAUUUUUUUUCUUUCAUUUUCGAACUAAAUAGUCCUAGCCUGAAUUACAUGACAGGUAAAUAUAUUGCAUGUGUGUAAUUUAGAGUACAAUAGAAAGUUGUAUUUCUAUUCAUUGCUAAUUCAUGUCUAUUCAACAUUUUUGCUACUCACUAUAUGCAUGCACGCACGUACACACGCACACAUACAACAGGAAGCGGCUAAUUAUAUCUAUAACAUAUAAUAAAACUGUAUAAUCAAUGCUUUUUCCCUGUGUUAGUCUCUACUUGCGCUCAUUUCAGUAUUAUGACUGUAUCUUUCUAUACAAAGGUAUAACUGUGUGGCUGCCAGACAAUAUGUGGUUAAGAGUCUUAGUCGUUUUUCUUUUUUUUUUUUUUUUUUUUUUUUUUUUUUGUUCUGCACAUACUUUAUGUAUUUGUUCAUAUUUCAUAUUCGUAUAGAACAAAAUGGAAAUGGUCAUAAACAUCAAUAUCCUAUAAAUGUUACGGAUGUUUUGUUACAAGGUGUUUUGAUUAUAAGACACCUCGUAUGGUAUAAAAUAACCUGAAUUGAUUAUGUAUUUGUGGGCACUGUGGUGAUGGGAUAACUCUGCAAGUUAAAGUGAUUUUUUAAUUUCUUUUUGUUCCAAUUAUGAAAGUUAAAACGUUUUUCUAUGUCUGAUUUCUAUUUCGUCUGUUUUUCUUUGAUAGUCUAUUUUGUUUCAAAUUCCUUCUUACUGUUAUUCUCUCUCUCUCUCUCGUUUACCUGAUACAUGUUUGUGCUUAUGAAUAAUUGUACUGACUGUUGGCUGUAAGCAUAUAUGUUAUAAAUGUGCAUGAUUGUGAUGAUUUGAUUCCUAUCUGUAUGUUUACCUUGUAUUAUGCCUGCACGAGUGGAAGUCUAGUGGCGAGCAACCUUAAUUAUUUGCAUUAUGCUAUGUGCAUUAUCAUGUUGUACCACUAUGAAAUUGGUCCAGGAACCCGGAUUAUUAAAAGUAUCGUAUCGUCU